AUGUCUUCCAAUUCAUCAACCGCUUCAUCCUCCUCGACGCACUCGCCACAAUCAUCGCCACAUACCUCUCCAUCCUCGAUUGCGCUUGAACUUCCUUCGCCUGCGCACCGUCGGCGAUGUAUACGAUCAGUACUCAUGAGAGCCGGAACCUCUCGUGGCCUCUUCUUCCGGACGGCCGAUUUACCAGAGGAUCAAAGCCUUUGGGGUCCCAUAUUGCUGGCCGCAAUGGGAUCCCCAGAUCCAUACCUGAGGCAAUUGGACGGUGUCGGAGGCGGAACAAGUACGACGAGUAAAGUGGCGGUCGUGGGUCCCAGUAAGGAUCCCAGAGCCGAUGUAGACUAUCUGUUUGUGCAAGUCCCUGUGGACGGGAGCAGGCUCGACUUUUCGGGAAAUUGUGGCAACAUCGCCAGUGGUGUGGGACCCUUUGCUGUAGAUGAGGGCUUCAUCAAGGUUCCUGAAAGUGGCAAAUCUGAUGUUACUGUCCGUAUUCGAAACGUGAACACGGACCGUAUAAUCCAUUCCACCUUCGAAGUACAGGAUGGUGUCCCCGUAGAGAUCGGCGAAAUGCAAUUGGAUGGUGUUGGAGCAACCGGCUCGCCUAUCCGGUUGGACUUUGUGGACCCAGCGGGAAGUAUGACUGGCAAGCUGCUGCCUACCGGCUCUCCGCUCGACACUGUGACGCUACCUUCCAACACAUCCUCACAACCCGCCCGCACAUUCACCGUCAGCUGUGUCGAUGCCGCCAACCCGUUUGUUUUCGUUGACGCUCGACAGCUGGGCCUGACGGGCCUGGAAUCGCCCGCUGAGAUCGCCUCGUCGACAACGGAGACGCUUAUGGACAUUCGAGCCGUCUGUGCUGUUCAUAUGGGUCUCGCAUCCUCGCAUGAAACGGCGCGACAGGUCAUGGGCACUCCGAAGAUCGCCAUCGUAGCGCCUCCGAUGGACUAUUCGGUCCCAGCGGUGGAUGGUGGCAAGCGCAUCAUUCGAUCGACAGAUGUAGAUAUCUGGAUUCGUCCAUUCUCAAUGGGCAGGCCUCAUCCUAGUAUUCAAAUGACGGGAGCUGUCUGUGUCGGUUCAGCCUCCGCAGUGCCGGGCACCAUUGUCCACGAGAUCAUCAGUGGCAGUCGGGCAUCCAGAAUGCCUCGAGCGAACGGUGAUGAGGCAGUCAUUGUGGGUCACGCUAGUGGGACCAUGGCAAUCAAUGGAGAGUCUGAGACUAUAGCUGGUCAUGUCGUGGUCAAAAGUGGAAGCGUGUAUAGGACUGCUAGGCGCUUGAUGGAGGGCUCAGUAUGCUGUGUCGGGUGCUGA